AUGGGACCUGGAUGCCCUACCACAAGGAUCUGCACUGUAAGCCACAUCUGCUUUGGGAUGAAAUCGGCGGAAGAGAUGCGGCAGCAGGCUCACCUCCAGGUGGUCAGCAAGAACCUUUACAGCCAAGACAACAACCACUCCCCUCUGCUCUACGGCGUGCUGGACCACCGUAUGGGCACGAGCGAGAAGGAUCGUCCGUGCGAAACCUGCGGAAAGAAUCUGGCCGAGUGUUUGGGGCAUUAUGGUUACAUCGAUCUGGAGCUGCCCUGUUUCCACGUGGGGUACUUCAAGGCCGUGAUCAGCAUUUUACAGAUGAUUUGCAAGACGUGUUGCCGUAUCAUGCUGACCCCCGAAGAACGGAAGCAGUUUUUAGAUUACCUGAAGAGACCUGGCUUGACUUACCUCCAGAAACGUGGCUUGAAGAAAAAGGUCUCUGAAAAGUGCAGGAAAAAGAACACCUGCCCUCACUGCGGGUCGUUUAACGGUACAGUAAAGAAAUGUGGCUUGCUGAAGAUAAUCCAUGAGAAAUACAAGACCACCAAGAAGAUAGUGGAUCCUGUUGUGUCUGACUUCAUACAGUCUUUCGACACUGCCACAGAACAUAAUAAAGAAAUUGAAUCCUUGCUGGGAAGAGCCCAGGAGAACUUGAAUCCGUUGGUGGUGCUGAACCUCUUCAAGCGGAUACCGGCCGAAGACAUCCCGCUGCUCCUGAUGAAUCCAGAAUCCGGGAAGCCUUCCGACCUGAUCCUGACCCGGCUGCUGGUCCCCCCGCUGUGCAUUAGGCCCUCUGUGGUGAGCGACUUGAAAUCUGGCACCAAUGAGGACGACUUGACCAUGAAGCUGACGGAAAUCAUUUUCCUCAACGACGUGAUCAAGAAGCAUAGAAUUUCGGGAGCCAAAACCCAGAUGAUCAUGGAGGACUGGGACUUCCUGCAGCUCCAGUGCGCCCUCUACAUCAACAGCGAGCUCUCUGGCAUCCCUCUCAACAUGGCACCCAAGAAGUGGACAAGAGGCUUCGUCCAGAGACUGAAGGGGAAGCAGGGUCGGUUCAGAGGAAACUUGUCCGGAAAGCGAGUGGAUUUCUCCGGCAGAACGGUGAUUUCACCCGACCCAAACCUGCGAAUUGACGAAGUGGCCGUACCUGUUCACGUUGCCAAAAUAUUAACAUUUCCUGAGAAGGUGAACAAAGCGAACAUUGGACUGAUGAGGAAACUGGUUCGAAAUGGUCCAGAGCUCCAUCCUGGAGCCAACUUCAUUCAACAGAGGCACACCCAGAUGAAAAGGUUUCUGAAGUAUGGAAACCGAGAAAAGAUGGCCCAAGAGCUGAAGUACGGCGACAUCGUCGAGCGGCAUCUCAUAGACGGGGACAUCGUCCUGUUCAACCGACAGCCCUCUUUGCACAAGCUGAGCAUCAUGGCCCAUAUUGCUAGGGUAAAACCCCACCGGACGUUCCGGUUCAACGAGUGCGUCUGCACACCCUACAAUGCCGAUUUUGAUGGCGAUGAGAUGAACCUCCACCUUCCUCAGACGGAAGAGGCCAAAGCGGAAGCGCUGGUCCUGAUGGGAACCAAAGCAAACUUGGUAACACCCAGAAAUGGAGAGCCCUUGAUUGCUGCCAUCCAGGAUUUUCUUACAGGUGCCUACCUCCUCACCCUGAAGGACACUUUCUUUGACCGGGCCAAGACUUGCCAGAUCAUCGCCUCUAUCCUGGUAGGCAAGGAUGAAAAAAUCAAAGUCCGCCUUCCACCUCCGGCAAUUCUAAAGCCUGUGACCCUGUGGACAGGGAAGCAGGUCUUCAGCAUCAUCCUCAAGCCGAGCGACAGUUGCCCGGUCAAGGCCAAUCUCCGCACCAAGGGCAAGCAGUACUGCGGCAAGGGCGAAGACCUGUGCAGCAGCGACUCCUACGUUACGAUCCAUAACAGCGAACUGAUGUCUGGCAGCAUGGACAAAGGCACUUUAGGAUCCGGGUCCAAGAACAACAUCUUCUACAUUUUGCUGAGGGACUGGGGGCAAGUGGAAGCCGCUGAUGCCAUGUCCCGACUCGCCAGGCUGGCUCCUGUCUACCUGUCCAACCGAGGUUUUUCUAUCGGCAUCGGCGACGUCACCCCAGGGCAGGGGCUGCUGAAGGCAAAACAUGAACUCCUGGAUGCCGGCUAUAAGAAAUGUGACGAAUACAUCGAAGCUCUGAACACCGGCAAGCUGCAGCAGCAGCCCGGCUGCACGGCAGAAGAGACGCUGGAG